CAACAGGCAUAUUGGAAGGUCUCAGAAGAUAAACAAGCCAAGUGCGCAGAAAAGGGAAAGUCAAAACAGACCGAGUGUCUCAACUACAUCCGAGUGCUCCAGCCGCUUGGCACCGCUGCCCUGUACGUGUGCGGGACCAACGCCUUCCAGCCGGCCUGUGACCACCUGGACCUGACGUCUUUUCAGUUUCUGGGGAGAAACGAAGACGGCAAAGGAAGAUGUCCCUUUGACCCGGCACAGAGCUACACGUCGGUGAUGGUCGACGGAGAGCUUUACUCUGGGACGUCAUACAACUUUUUGGGAAGCGAGCCCAUCAUCUCCCGGAAUUCCUCCCACAGUCCUCUGAGAACGGAGUACGCGAUACCUUGGCUCAACGAGCCCAGCUUUGUCCAUGCCGAUGUGAUUCGAGCGAGCCCGGAAGGCGCCGAGGGCGGGGACGACAGGGUCUACUUCUUCUUCACGGAGGUGUCUGUGGAGUACGAGUUUGUCUCCAAGUUGAUGAUCCCCAGGGUCGCGCGGGUGUGCAAGGGGGACCAGGGCGGCCUGCGGACCUUACAGAAGAAGUGGACCACCUUCCUGAAGGCCAGGCUGCUCUGCUCCAGGCCGGACGGCAGCCUCUUCUUCAACGUGCUGCGCGCCGUCUUCGUCCUCAGGGCCCCGGACCUGAAGGAGCCCGUGUUCUACGGGGUCUUCACCCCGCAGCUGAACAACGUUGGGCUGUCGGCCGUGUGCGCCUACAACCUGUCCACGGCCGAGGCGGUCUUCUCCGGCGGGAAGUACAUGCAGAGCGCCACUGUGGAGCAGUCCCACACCAAGUGGGUGCGCUACAGCGGGCCGGUGCCCUCGCCCAGGCCCGGGGCGUGCGUCGACCGCGAGGCGCGGGCCGCCAACCUCUCCAGCUCGCUCAGUCUGCCCGACAAGACCCUGCAGUUCGUCAAAGACCACCCUCUGAUGGACGACUCUGUGACCCCGACAGGCAACCGGCCCCGGCUGGUCAAAAGCGGUGUGAACUACACCCAGAUUGUGGUGGACAGGACCCAGGCCCUGGACGGGACUGUGUACGACGUCAUGUUUGUCAGCACAGACCGGGGCGCCCUGCACAAGGCCAUCAGCCUGGAGAGCGACGUCCACAUCAUCGAGGAGACGCAGCUCUUCCCGGACCUGGAGCCAGUUCAGACCCUGCUGCUGUCCUCCCAGAAGGGAAGAAAGUUCAUCUAUGCCGGUUCCAACUCGGGCGUGGUCCAGGCCCCGGUGGCCUUCUGUGGGAAGCACAGCACCUGUGAGGACUGCGUGUUGGCCCGGGACCCCUACUGCGCCUGGAGCCCAGCCACAGCAGCCUGCGUGGCCCUGCACCAGACCGAGAGCCCCCGCAGGGGUCUGAUCCAGGACAUGAGCGGGGAAGUGUCCGCUUGCCCCGAUGAAAGUAAGGGAAGUUCGCGGCAGCAUUUGCUCAAGUAUGGCGGCACCGCAGCGCUCAAAUGCUCCCCAAAGUCCAACCUGGCGCGGGUGGUGUGGAGGUUCCAGAGCGGCGUGCUCAGGGCCCAGGGCCCCAAGUACAGCCUGGUGGGCGGGACCCUGCUCAUCUUCAACCUGUCGGAAGGAGACAGCGGGGUGUACCAGUGCCUGUCGGAGGAGAGGGUCAAGAACAAGACGGUCUCGCGGGUGAUGGCCAAGCACGUGCUGGAGGUCAGGACGGCCCCCCGGGUCUCAGGGGCCUUCCCCUCGCCAGCCACCCGGACAGAAGGUGCUGGGAUCCCCCCCGACGUGUCAGCGGGGUCCGUCCGAGGCUCCUCUCCCCAGACCCCGGCGGGGCGGCUCACCACACCUUCCGGCCCGGCGCCCACCAGCGCGUCCUGCGAACCAAAGGUCAUCAUCCACACCGUCCCCCAGGUCCAGUCGGAGAAGACCCUGUACCUCAAGUCCAGCAACGACCGCCUCCUCUUGUCCCUCUUCCUCUUCUUCUUCGUCCUCUGCCUCUGCCUCUUUUCCUACAACUGCUACAAGGGCUUCCUGCCCGGGCCGUGCCUGCGGCUCCGCUCCGCCCUGCUGCUGGGGAAGAAGCAGCCCGCCUCGGACUUCUCCGACUGCGAGCAGAGCGUGAAGGAGACGCUGGUGGAGCCGGGCAGCUUCUCCCAGCAGAACGGGGGGCAGCCCCGGCCGGCCCCCGACACCGGCUACGAGACAGAGCAGGACACCACGGCCAGCAGGGCGCCCACCGACAGGGAGGACUCGCAGAGGAUCGACGAGCUCCCGGUCAGGGACAGGCCGUUCGACGUCAAGUGCGAGCUGAAGUUCGCCGACUCGGACGCGGACGGGGACUGAGGCGCUGUGGGGAGGGUCUUUGUGUUCCUGUGCAGUAGCCUCGUCCCGUGCCGCCUGGGUAGCCCGUCCUCUGCAAAACUCAGUCUUGUGUCUUUUCUCUUGGGGUGAACUCGUGACUUGGUUUCUCUUUGUCCUUUUGGAAAACGGCAAGCCUCCUCGUCAGUCGGUGGGAGCCGGAGAUGUGCCCGCGGGCGGGGCGGGGCGGGGCGGUGGCCGGGCAGCCGCUGGCCUGGAGCAGCACGAGACCGUCGCCUCAGAAAGCAGCCCGAGAGGCCUCGCAUCCCAGGUUGGAAAGGCCGUGUAGUUGAUCAGUGGGUCAUGGGUCGCCUGCUGUCCAGGUUGGCACGAAGCUCUUCCUCCACAUAAUUGUUUCUAGGAUUUUGCUUUGAGUUGAAGUGUUCGGUCAUUUAUUGUUUAAGUCACUAAAGCAGAUGCUUUAAUAUUUAGAAGAUGCACAUCUUCUAGGUUUUGCUGUAUGUUAGGAUACGCUAUGGCUUCCGUUGCUGGAGAUUCUCAGGGAUAAACUUACUUUUGCUAAAUUCGUUCUCUCUGCUUUUGGAAAUGCAGACAAAGCCACCUGUUGAGCACACUGACUUUUUCAACAUUUCAUUCCUAAGGGAGGCGUCCUUUCAGAGAAGAUUUCUUUCUGUACCAUUUUUCUCUUUUUAAGUCUUGAAGAGGAGCAGGCGUGGGGGACUGCCCCGUGACCACCGGCAGGGUUUUGAGCGAGGACGGUGGCCCCUGGGGAGCCUGGCUGGCCCAGAGUGCAGGGACGAGCGAUUCACAAUCCAUUGCCCAUGGCCACCGGAGUCUGAUCAUCCGAACAUCUGUUCCUUUUGGCUUCCGUUCCACACCUCUUACCCAGCAGGCUUUCCACUUGGCCGACCUGAGCGUCCACAGCUGGGAGAGUGAGCAGGGAGGGCGGGCAUGUCCACGGUGCUGCGGACCCGCCCUGCGGACCGGGGUGGCCUGCGAGUCUUUAAGGUGGGGCGGGCGGGCAGUGCAGUUUAACAGCACGGACCUCACCGUCCACGGACCUCACCGUCCAAACGCCCACAAGAGGAGACCUUUCCGAGGCAAAUCAGUAACCUGGAUGUGUGUCCUGUGUGGACAGCGUGAUAGGGUUCCACUGUGUUGGUGUAAAC